GGAUAAGGCAAUUACCAGAUGAAGCGGGACAAACCCCACUACAGGACCUCAACGUAAAGAACCGGAUUAAACCGUCAAUAACCAUUGGACAGAGUCUGCCAUAGGGGAGAUAUAAACACACACACCAUCAUUCCUGAUGGCGCUUGAAGACUCUGCCUUCCCCUCGCGGCCAGAGUCCCUCUCUCUGCCCGUGGUGGAGAAAGGGAAGGGACCAGUGCAAGAGGCUAGCGAGGUGACGGCCUCCACCGGAGUGUUUGAUGUGUCUGAGGAUCUGGGCCAUGUGGUUACCACGGAUACCACCCAGCCUGGCGUUAACAGAUCGUGGAAGUCCAAGUUGGCAGAGAGGCAGGCCAAUGCAGCAUCCGAGGAGUACGUUAAGAAGCUGCCUCGGGUGGUGGAGAAGGAGAGGGGUAGAUUUGGCUGGGCCAAGAGACGUAAGACUCAGCGCUAUGUGGAGAAGAAUGGUCGCUGUAACGUUUCACACGGCAACAUGAGGGAGACGUACCGUUAUCUGACAGAUAUCUUCACCACGCUGGUGGACCUCAACUGGCGCUGCUCUCUCUUCGUCUUCGUCAUGGCCUAUGCCAUCACCUGGCUCUUCUUCGGGGCCAUUUGGUACCUGAUAGCUUACCUCCGGUGAGAGGGACAAACGGACA